UAAGCCUGAAUUUCCCCACACACAACUCCUCUGAGCAAACAGCAGCGCUCCGACCGUGACCGCCAACUGAAACGGUGCGUUCAUGGAAAUCCACACCACAAAUACACAGCUCCAAAAGUGUUAAUGCCAAAAGCCUUCUGCUCACCUCAGCUUAUCUCAGCCCCAGCAGCGGAGCCAGCACACAGCUUGCAGGAGUGCUGUGAGCAUGGCGUGGAGCUGCAACGCAAGGGUCCAGGUGGGCGCAAUGCUGCUGGCACUCUUCGGAUGGGUCUCAUCCUGUGUCACCACCUUUGUGCCGCUCUGGAAGAACCUCAACCUGGAUUUGAAUGAACUGGAGAUCUGGACCAUGGGGCUGUGGCAGGUGUGCAUCAUGCAGGAGGAAGGGGCCACGGAGUGCAAAGCCCACGACUCCUUCCUCGCCUUGCCGCUGGAGCUGCGCGUGUCCCGCGUCCUGAUGUGCCUCUCCAAUGGGCUGGGGCUCCUGGCGCUCCUCUUUGCCAGCGUGGGCUUGGACUGCUGGAAGACAUGUGAGGGAAAACCCAACGCCAAGAAACAGCUGCUGCUCGCUGGAGGAGCAGCGUUCGGUGCGGCGGGGAUCACCACUCUCGUGCCCAUCUCCUGGGUCGCCUACACCACAGUCCUCGAGUUCUGGGAUGAAGCCAUUCCCGACAUCGUCCCACGGUGGGAGUUUGGUGAGGCGAUGUUCCUGGGAUGGUUUGCUGGGUCCUUCCUUGCAGCAGGUGGGUUGCUUCUUAUCUACAGCACCUGCCUGAGCCGGACUGGGACGCCCGCUGCACCUCCAGCUACCCGCCCGCUGCGGCCAGCAACACACAGCCCAGCCACGAUGUCACCGUGGAGCCACCACUCACACCCCAAAAACGCCGACCUGGUAAUCUGAGACUGCAGAUUUUGGCUGUCUGGAUUUCAGAGACGGUUCUCACACGUUAAGGGAUGAUUUGCUGAUUCCUAAGACUGUUCAUUGCAGCUUGGUUUUCUUCCAUCUGUGUCUGUCUGCUUCAUUUUUUUUUUUUUUUUCCCCUUUUUUCCAAGCAACACUUGCAAACCGAGCCCAGUGUUGUAAGCCAAGAAGGCAAACACAGAGCAGUAAAGAGCACUUUGUAUUUCUGGCUACAUUUGCAGUAUACUCACUGAUUACACUGUGUUGGCAUUCCCUGGGAAUCCCCAAUGGCCGGGAAUGUAAUCGCUGUAAGACCUCUGUCUGCGCUGAAAAGCUCAUCCUUGAAUGUCCAUUUCACUUUGAUGUAUUCUAAAUAAAUUAUUUCAGCCAUUAGCAGUACGUUUCUGUGCUCUGAGAGCAGAACAUCCUACAUGGGAUGAGCGUUUGAUGAUGAGAGCAUGGGAAGAGCGGGGACGAAGGGUGUGGGUUUUAGGGAACAAAAUCACUGCUUGAGUGGUUGUUCAGUGAGCAAAGCUUAGGGAGAAAGAGAAGGGAGAGAGGGGGGAGGCAGAAACAUGAGCUGAUGGCCAACUGCAAAGUUGAUCAAGUCACAAACGUAGCAGCGACCUUCAUUUAAAAGGUUCUACAGCAGAACUGUUUACCUGGACAUCAAAGGCAAAGAUCAUAGAAAUCACAGAAAGAUGCUAUUUUGUGUGUGUCUGUGAGGAUCUCCCCUAUUUCCUUGAUUCAGCUCAGAAAAGAAAUUAAGCCUGCUUUUACAUUUGCUUUCUGCUCCUAACGCUACCGAACACCAGGCUGAGCUAACAGCCGACAGCAGGAAACCCACAGCCACAGUGCUAUUUCAGAAGGGAGCUCACUGCUGCUUUAAUCUGUCAGCACCAAGA